AUGGCUCGUGCUCUUAUUCGUUACCACAUUGGAUCUCCAUCUUCUAUUAAAUUCUGGUUAGAUCCAUGGGUUAGAAACAAGCCUUUCUGCCACCAGUUCGAUGAUACUGCCAUUGGCCACUUUGGGUCUAAUAAGCCUGCUUUGAUUCGUGAUUUCCAGGAGGAGAGCAGUUGGGUUUUUCCUGUCUCUAAUCACAUGAGCUCGCAAGAAAUUCGUAACCGUAUCUCUGAGAUUCAUAUUCUCUCUAGUGACUUCAUUACUUGGGAUGGUCUACUCAGAUGCAAAAUUGCAACUGUUUGGAACUCUAUUAGACAUAAAUCUCCCCAUGUUCCCUGGUUUGAUACGGUGUGGAAUUCUUUAUCAAUCUAUAAGUGUUCUUUCACUUUAUGGACUGCUUUGAAGGAGCGUUUGCUCACUCGGGAUAGAAUGCUUCGUUUUCGGAUGCAAACUCAGCCGGGCUGUUUACUUUGUAAUAAUAUGGAAUCUAUUCAACACAUCUUCACUGGAUGCCCUUACUUUGAUCUUAUCUGCAGAGCUUGCCCUGUCCCGUUUGCUCGUGACUGGCCUAGCUGGCAAAAUGGGAACUUUUUCUCUCCAACUAUUGAUAAACGGAAGCAAAUCAUUGGAAGUUUAUUCUUAGCAGUGGCUGUGCAUUUAGUUUGGAAAGAAAGAAACCUCAGACUUCAUAAUCCGGGAUCCAGCAAUGGCACCUUAUAUGUGAUAAAAAAUAUUUUUUUUAUGGUGCGCGAGAAGCUUUUCUCCUGUGACAGAUUUAGAAAAUGGGUGCAUCGAGACCCAUCUUUCUUAUGUCUUAUUUACUAG